ACCCAUCAUUCAUCGGGGCUGAGUGGGUGGGGUUUACCGAAGCUGUGACCGAGCCAGGCCUCUCUUUCUGUGUGGUGUUGGCUGCGCGCGCCGCUCCCCUUGUCUUUCUCUCUGUCUCGCGGCAAUCAUUGCGCGAGUCCCGCAGCGCGUGCGAAGAGGCGGAGACCGGGCCAGACCCGUACCCGUGGUUGGCGGAGGGCUUGUCUCUCGAGGCCGUCGGCUCCAGCCGCACGAGGCCCACGUCUGCGGCUUGCGCGCCUGCGCCCUCGCGACCGCUCGGCUUGCUCACUCCUUAGGAAAUGUCGACCCCGGCGACGGCCCCUGCCCCGGCGGAAACUGGCGGAGGAGGCGGCGGCGGCGGCGGCAGUGGUAGCGCGGGCGCCGGCGCCGCGGGGGACAAGCAGCGCUCCUCCUCCUCCGCUACCGCCCCCAACGUGGAAGGCAUCGACCUGCUGGAGAAGUGCGGCGUGUGCCGGGAGCGGCUGCGCUCGGAGAGGGACCCUCGUCUCCUGCCCUGCCUCCACACCGUUUGUAAGGAGUGCCUUAAGGCCGAGCCCGCCGGCAGUGGCAGCAGCAGCAGCAACAACAAGGAUGGCCAAGUGGUUGACUGCCCAGUGUGCAAGCACCAAUGUUACCUAAAAGACAUAGUGGAGAACUACUUCCUGAGAGAUGGUGGUACAGAGACUCUUGGGGAUGCAAGGGAUGCUAACCAGUGUUGCACCAGCUGCGAAGAUAAUGCCCCAGCCACCAGCUACUGUGUGGAGUGCCAGGAGCCUCUGUGCGAGACUUGUGUGGAGGCUCACCAGAGAGUGAAAUACACUAAGGAUCAUACUGUCCGAUCCACAGGGUCCUCCAAGUCCCAGGAGAAAGAGAAGACAGUCUACUGUUCCGUCCACAAGCAUGAGCCGCUGGUGCUAUUCUGCGACACUUGUGACACCCUGACCUGUCGAGACUGCCAGCUUAAUGCUCACAAGGAUCACCAGUACCAAUUCUUGGAAGAUGCAGUCAAGAACCAACGCAAGAUGCUGGCCUCGCUGGUCAAGCGCCUGGGAGAUAAGCAUGCCAACCUGCAGAAAUCGACCAAGGAAGUGCGCUCCUCGAUCCGGCAGGUGGCAGACGUGCAGAAGCGCGUGCAGGUGGAUGUGAAGAUGGCCAUCCUGCAGAUCAUGAAGGAGCUUAAUAAGCGGGGAAAGGUGCUGGUCAGUGAUGCACAGAAAGUCACUGAAGGGCAGCAGGAGAAGCUGGAGAGGCAGCACUGGGCCAUGACCAAGCUCCAGCGCCACCAGGAACACAUCCUGCGCUUUGCCAACUGCGCCCUGGAGAGUGACAACAACACUGCCUUGCUGCUUUCCAAAAAGCUGAUCUACUUCCAACUGCACAGGGCUCUAAAAAUGAUUGUGGAUCCUGUGGAACCCCAUGGAGACAUGAAAUUCCAGUGGGACCUAAAUGCCUGGACCAAGAAUGCAGAGACAUUUGGUCAGAUAGUCUCUGAACGGAGCGGUUUGCCAGUGACCCCCAACGCUCAGACCCCCCAACAGCGGGCCAAUGCCACCUCUGCUGCAUCUGGAGGAGUAGCAGUUAGGCAGGGCUCUGUCCCUCCUUCUCAGGGUGUGCAGCAGAUGUCUCUGCAGACAAGCAUGGUGAACAAAGGAGCCCUGCUUCAGCCUGUGCUGCCUUCCAACAGCCAGCGACAGGCCAUCCCUGAUUGCUAUAUCAAUGAUGCCAGUGCCUCUUCUGCAGGGCAGCCAAUGGACAUCGGUGACGGCUUUGGUGUAGAAGGAUCAUACUCUGGUGAAGCAAAUGUAUCUGGAAUGAAAAGAGCCCGUGGCCAAGAUGGAGACUCUGGUCUCAUGCGCAAAGUGCCCCGUGUCAGUCUGGAGCGGCUGGAUGUAGACUUGACAUCUGACAGCCAGCCACCGGUCUUCAAAGUCUUCCCAGGAACUUCCACUGAAGACUACAAUCUCAUUGUGAUUGAACGUGGGGUUCAGCAAGCUGCAGCAGCAGCUGCAGCAGCAGCAGCUGCCCAACAAGCAGGGCUGUCAGCUACUGCAGUGAAGGAGGAGCAGAUGGAGGCAGCUAUUGAACACCCAGCUUCUGAUACUAAAGACACCAAGCCUCUUGUCCUGCCUCAGGACAUUACUCUUCUAGAAGGCUCCUCUGCCCCCCGGCUUAUAUCCCCUAGUGGCAGCACCAGCUCUGCCAUGGAAAUGCAGUCUGUUCACAGCCAUGACGGCACAGCCAAUGGGGAAGAAGCUGCUUACUGCAGGGUCUGCCUGAAGGCUGGCGCCGUGGUCAUGUGUGAUGGCUGCAAGAAGUGCUACCAUUUGGAUUGCCACCUGCCUGUCCUUCAGGAAGUCCCCAGCCGGGAAUGGAAGUGCCUGCUGUGUGAGGAGCCUGUGGCAGCCAUUGAAGAGGAUGGAACUGAUUUGACUGCGAUCUCCAUAGACGGGGAGCCAAAGAUGCUCUCAUCUACUGACCAACAGAGAUGUGAACAAGUUCUCCUGGAGUUGUUGUGUUAUGAGCCAUGCAGACCCCUUCACCGGCUUUCCAAUGCCACGGAGGGGCAGAACACCAUUGACUUGACCUUGAUCAGAGCCAAGCUGCAGCGGAAGCUCUCACCACCUUAUGGUUCUCCUGAUGAAUUUGCAGACGACGUUUGGAAGAUGUUCCGGCAGUUUAACAAGCUGACAGAGGACAAGGAGGAUGUUCAGUCCAUUAUUGGGUUGCAGCGCUUCUUUGAAGCCAAGUUGAGUGCUGCUUUCGGCGAUCGGAAGUUUUCCGUGCUGCGUGACCCCAUCAAUGUGGAUGACCCGCAGAAAGAAAGCAGCAGCCUUCCUCCCCAUGGCUCCCCAACCACUGAUUCGGGAGAGGCCAUAUCUUCCAAGGCUGAGGGGAGCAGUGGGGACGAGGGAACAGCCACAUAAGAGAAACGGCCUUCUGUCGAAUGGACCAGCAUUCCAUGGAGGAGAGGAAAUGCGGAAAGGGCAUCAUCUUGAAGUUGCCCUCACCCUGUCCCUGCCUUCCACUCUUCUGGUCCCCCUUGAGCAGCCCUCUGUCCCUUCUGCACCUCUCUGCCUUUUUUUGGAGAGUUAUUGUAGAACUUGACUGCUUAGAUUAUGGUAUAAAUGGUCUGAACUGUUCUUUUUUUUUUUUUUUGCUUGAUAAAAAUUUAUGCCCUUGUUCUGAUGGAUACACAGUUUGUGUUUUUUUGUAUUAAAAUGGAAACUAAUAAACUGAGAGGAAAUACAGAACCCUAUACCCUGCUCUCCUCUUGGACUCCUUUUUUGCUCCUAGGGGGGACAAGGUAGUGGUUCCCCCACCCCCUGGUGUUCUUGGUUUGUUUGGGUUUUCUUUUGCAACACAAGAGGAAGCUGUUGUGACCCAGACACAAGUUGGAUCUGCUAACAGCAAGACACUGGUCCCUCCAAAAAAUUAUAAUAAAAGAAUGUUCUUGGUGGGCCUCCAGUAGUAGAUUCCAACUAUGUUGAGAGUGACGGGCACAGUCUUCUGCCUCGUCUACUUUGUGGCAACAAAGACGAAUGGGGAGUCCUGGGCAUAUUGUCUUUAUUCUUACUCCAGGUCCCAGCACCAACUUGCAUCUGCCACUCCUUGAACUGACAGAUGUUGUUGGGUCUCCAAGAUAAGCUGUUUUCUAAGGUGGUGGUCUGUCUCUCAAUGACAUUUUGCCUGUGUCCAAAACAGGGCAUUCACUUUGUUCAAGAAAAGAGGUGUCUGUUUCAUAAGGCAAGGUAGCUGUAGUUUUUAAAAACCCAGUUUCCCCCUCUGUAGCCAUACUUUCUGGCUGUACGUAUUUUAAAAUGCUUUCUGGCCCCUGGUAGUUCACCCUCACUAUCCCAAGAGCCAUUCUCAUGGAAAUGUGCUUUUUUUUUUUUUUUUGCUUAUGUAUAUUUUAGAUUUUGCUUCUUUCAUGUUCGAGAAAUAAAGACUUGUUUGCGA